AUGGAAUGGAGCGUCUCUGGCGUGUGCAGGCUGCUAUCUUCAGUGAUGUCUGGAACAGAGUCUCAUACGGACAGAGAGGAGGACUACAGGUUCCUCCACAGCAUGCUGAUGGAGAAGAAACUCCACCUGCUCUUCAAGAUCCACGAGCGUCUGAAGCGUUUUGAGAAGCGGAGCCCCAUCCCCAUCCAAGAGCACGCAGCGAGUCUGGCUUCAGAAUUGGCGGAAGAGCUGAUAAACCAAGGCUGGACAGAUGAAAUCAAAGAACUAGUUGGCCUCUUUUCCCAACCCGACUUUAAGGUGAAGAGUAUCUCCUUCUAUGAUGAUGAUGAUGUGUUCCUUAAUGAGAGAGCCUUCCCUCCUUCAGCCCAGCACUCCAGUCAGUCCCCGGUCUCCCUGACGUCGGACGCCUCAUCACCGCGGCCGUACGUCUCACCACGGAACGGCACGCCGCAGAGCUCCCAGAAACCCCCCCUGGGCAUGCACCCUGGCGGCGUCACAUCGUCACAAACAAGGGGCAGCAUGUCUUCAGCGAAACAAGGACCAGUCCCUGUGCCUCAGACCGCAGAGAAGCGUCCAGAGGACCCCAGAAUUAUCCAGCAGAGAAGCAGCCAGGAACUCCUGUGCUCUGGAUCAAACGCACACGGCGCUGCCUUGCCCCACGCCCCCCCCGGCAGCAGCAGCAGCCAGACCCAGCCCGACAACCCCGGCACCUUCACCCCCAGCCUGGCAACUCAUUUUGACGAGAGCCUCAUCAGACAUAUCCAAGGAUGGCCUUCAGAGAACACUGAGAAACAGGCGGCUCGGUUGCGCGAGGACAUCCACAACAUGGGCAGCUUGUACAUGUCUGAGAUCUGCACGGAGAUGAAAAACCUGCGCUCCCUGGUCAGAGUGUGUGAAAUUCAGGCCACACUGAGGGAACAGAGAAUCCUGUUUCUGAGGCAGCAGAGCAAAGAGCUGGACAAGCUGAAGAACCAGAACUCGUACAUGGUGUGAGGACCUUACCUGAGGAGAAAGAACCGUGAUGGAUGGAUUGAAAUAAUGAUCGGAAUAGACACGGACAGCAAGCUGCUGCAGCCUGUUAAUUCUCCCUAGCAGAGAAGCUGUUAAAGAACCUCCAUCCUGAACACGUCUUUUUCUUUUUCUUUUCUUUAACAGAAAAAUCUUUUUCCAUUGUCCACCACAUGAAUUGCUCUCGCUGAAAGUACCGGUUCGGCGCGUCGGACACUUUAACCGAGCGGACACGGAGGACCUGAGGCUCCUUUUUUUUCCUUUUUUUUUUUUUCAAAAACAGCACCUUUCGGGACCGUGAACCUUGGAUUGUGUGUAUUGUAUCGGGUUAACUUGUUUUCUGGUGUGUUUUUGAUGUGUAGUGGUCAGGAAAAGAUUACAUUCUUUGGAAAAUGAACUAAAAAAACAAACCAUCUCAUAAUAAUCAGUGUGGCAAAGUCCCGGAGGGGUGGGGGGGGGUUGAUCAUGCUCCCCGAUCUUCUAGAAAUUGCAUUGAAAUGUAUGGAUUCAAUGGCAGUGAUGUUACUAAUGUUAUUUUUAAUUCACUAUACUUGUCCGUGAUUUUCUUUGCCAUACCCAGUGUGUCUUCGAAGCUGGUUGCUUUUACACAUCAUGAAAUUAGCGGAGACCACUUUUGGCCAGAUUUUCGAAAAUAAAUACUUUAAAUGUGCUUCAGUUGCUUUGUCCCAGUGGUGCAGAUUUAGCUGGGACUCUAAGGCUAGCUUUGUCAAACACACUCCAGAUGUUUCAGAGCCAUUUUUGAGGAAAAGCCCAAAUUAUUGGACCUAGUUUGGCUGCUAGAACAUAUUUGUGGUCGUUUGUAGCCCUGCUAGCUAGUUUCUUCUGCUAAUUGUCUUUUCUUUUUUUAUAAUUGUUAGUAUUUUCGUUUCUCUCCCAAGUCAAAUUGGGAGAAUUAUUUCAUUCCUAUUUUGCAGCUUAGCAGGAGAUUGUGUAAAAGAAUAGUAAAGCGACUGAAUUCGCAGUAAUGUAAAGCUAAAUUAUUGUUGCACACGAUUGAUUACGCCCCUCUAGUCAUAAUGGUUUAUACAAAGGUCGAUGGAAAGACGUUUUAUUUUAUUUGUUAUCAUUGUUUGGAGCCCUUUUAUCAACAGACUCAAGCAAGACUUUUUUUUUUUUUUUAAGGGCUCAUUCAUCAUGAGAGGGUUUACUUUUUUUACGAACAUGAACAUGAAUUUUCAGUCGUACACUUCCACACCCCAUAAAGCAACUUCCCCUUUUUUUCCUCUUUUCCUCGUCCUUGACUAGUUUCCACCAGAUCUGAUGUGCACACUUUUUUGUUUUGUUUUGGGGGGUGGGGGGGAAGGGAUCGGGGCUUUGUAUUCCAUAAAAUAUGAGAAUAAAAUAUUAUACCACAACUCCUGCUUGACUUUGUACUCACAGUUCAGCUGUUGUAGACUUUAAUUACGAGAGUAAUGUGUUUUUGGUGAAUACAUAUCUUUAUGAAUAAUGCAUUUUGUAAUUUUUCUAAAUUAAAGUGUGGAAUGUCUUAUGAGAAUAGUAAAGCUGACUGCUUUGGGAAAAUGUAAGUAAGAUGGGAUCAGAAUGUUUACCAUGCAGUUCCAUUGAUGGCCACGAGAUGGCGAACAAUCUUCACAUUUGUUUUUGCUUUUUCUUUCUCUGCACUUUCAAAUUAAAUGAGCUAUAACUAAA